AUGGAUUCAAACACCUUCAAAAGCUUAGUGAACCGGGUAAAGAGCGAAAGUUUUGAUGACGACAAAGCCAGUGCAAUUAAAACAACGGUCCAAACAGCUCAACGCAUAUCAGCAGCUCAAAUGGCUUAUUUAUUGAAGUUGAUUUCGUUUGAAGAUACACAACUUGAAGUGGCUAAAGCAGGAUAUAAAUACACUACUGAGCCAGAUUCCUAUGGGAAUACUGUUGGUGGAGCGUUUUCAUUCAGUGAUGCAAAGGAAGAAUUGAAUGCUUAUAUUCGUCAGAAUCCGCAUCCAUCACCAAUACCAUCGAUUGUGCAUAUCCAUCAUUUUCACUAA